AUGCAAUUAGGAUAUAAUGAAAUAAUGAUUGUCUCAAAGUAUUUUGAAGAUAUUAAUGAUUUCAUUAAUUUAGAAAUGGGGGUUAAAAGAUUUAGAGGAAAUAUGGAACGAUUUCAUUUUAAUCCAAUUCCAUUGAAUCAACAUUCAAGAAAAUUGUUUCCUAAUAUUAACAUAUUUCAUAUUUAUAAUAAAGAAGAUGAAAUAUUUAAAGAUGGAAGAAUAAUUAAACAAAUAAUAUGGUAUGAUGUGAGUUAUUCAAGAUAUUUAGAAGAGAAAAAAGUGUUGAAUGAAUGUAAAAAUAUCGAAUAUACAAUAUAUGAUAGAAAUAUAUUUGGAAAUACAAUACCAAUAGAAGUUAAUUCACUUGGAAAUUAUUGUUUUAGCCGCUGUGAUGGUAUGCAAAAAAUUAAAAUACCAACAAAUGUAAAUGAAAUAAGAAGUUAUUGUUUUUAUAAAUGUGCAUCAUUAAAAUCAAUUAAAAUGCCAACAAGUGUAAGUGAAAUUGGAUAUAAUUGUUUUAAUAAAUGUUAUUCAUUAACAACAAUUAAUAUACCAACAAGUGUAAGUGAAAUUGGAUAUAAUUGUUUUUGUGAAUGUUAUUCACUAACAGCAAUUAAUAUACCAACAAGUGUUAAAGUAUUAGGAGAUUAUUGUUUUAAAGGAUGUACAUCAUUAACAACUAUUAAUAUACCAACAAGUGUUAGUAAAAUAGGAUAUGAAUGUUUUAAUGAAUGUUAUUCAUUAAAAUCAAUUAAUAUAGAAGAUGUAAAAUAUAUAAGUGAAGAAAGAAUAUUUAUGAAUGAACCACUGUUAAAUAGUAUUAAAACACCAGAAAAUUUAAAAAUAAUAAAUGGAAAGAAGAUUGAAAAGAAAGAUAUUAAUGAAUUUAUUAUUCCAUCAUCAAUCACUAAAUUAGGUGAUUAUUGUUUUAAAGGAAGUACUUCAUUAAAAUCAAUUAAUAUCCCAACAAGUAUUAGUGAAAUAGGAGAUGGAUGUUUUGCAUAUUGUGAUUCAUUAAAAUCAAUUGAAAUACCAACAAAUGUUAGUGAAUUAGGAGAUAGUUGUUUUGAUGAAUGUUAUUCACUAACAACUAUUAAUAUACCACCAAGUGUUAGUAAAAUAGGAUAUGAAUGUUUUAAUAAAUGUUAUUCAUUAACAACUAUUAAUAUACCAACAAGUGUUAGUAAAAUAGGAAAUGGAUGUUUUUCAAAAUGUUUAUCAUUAAAAUCAAUUAAUAUACCAUCAACAAUUACAUUAUUUGGAAAUGGGUGUUUUUAUGGUUGCAAAUGUGAAGAAGAGUUAAAAAAGAAUAAAACAAUACCAAAAUAUUGUUUUGAAGAAUAUGAGUGA